AGAUGAAGCUGAAACGGGACUCGUCUGUCAGUUUUGUUUGAGCGUAAAAACAAACCAUAUCGCAGUUUAUAGCGAUACAACAUUAUUAUUAUUGUUUUAAUAAGCUUUUCUGCGUUUAAAAAAAAAAAAAAAAAAGAGCGGCAGCUCGAAUUCCAGAAGGGAAGUUUUGUUUCCGGGUUACGGUGGGCGGGGCCGCUGGAGUGUCGGUGUGUGGACUCGGUGCUGCUGUGUUUUGUGCCCCGCUGCGUUUUGUUGACUCUGUAGUCAGUGUUGAAGCGGAGCGCCGUUAGCCCGGGCGGCUCGGAGUGUUGGCGGUGAAGCUCGCGGAGAAGCCCGCCGACUCCGCGCUGCUGCUGCUGCUGCUGCGGGCCUCAGGAUGGAGGUGACGGAGAUCCGGCUGCCGGCGGGAGCGCGCGCUGUGCGGCUGCGGGAGUGGAAGGUGGAGCCCGGGGCGCUGGUUAAGGUGGACUCGGUGGUCGCGCUGUGUGUGGCGGUUCCCACCGACACCGAGUCCGGCUCGGAGCAGCCCAAGAGGCGCUUGCUGGAGAAGAAGGUGAAGUCUGACCGCGCCGGAGUGGUGAGGGAGCUGUGCUCUCAGCUCGGAGAGGUCAUAUCUCCCGGGGAUGUUAUAGCACGGAUAGAAGAAUGCAGCCACCCCAUUGUGAUGAAGGGUCUGUGUGCAGAGUGUGGUCAAGACUUAACUCAGCUGCAGAACAGGAACGGCAAACAGCAGAACCCCAUCUCUACAGCCAUGGUUUCCAUGGUGCACAGUGUUCCAGAGCUGAUGGUCAGCUCGGAGCAAGCAGAGCAGCUUGGCCGAGAAGACCAGAAGAGGCUCCACAGAAACAGGAAGCUGGUUCUCAUGGUGGAUCUGGACCAGACUCUAAUCCACACCACAGAGCAGCACUGUCAGCGCAUGUCUACCAAAGGAAUUUUUCAUUUCCAACUGGGGAGAGGCGAGCCCAUGCUGCACACGCGGCUCAGGCCUUACUGCAAGGAGUUUCUGGAGAAGAUUUCCAAGAUGUACGAACUGCAUGUGUUCACUUUCGGAAGUCGCCUCUAUGCACACACCAUUGCAGACUUCUUGGACCCCGAAAAGAAACUUUUCUCACAUCGAAUCCUGUCUCGAGAUGAGUGCAUCGACCCGUUUUCCAAGACAGGAAAUCUGAGGAAUCUGUUCCCAUGUGGCGAUUCCAUGGUGUGCAUCAUUGACGAUCGAGAGGAUGUGUGGAAGUUUGCUCCGAACCUCAUUACAGUGAAAAAAUAUGUCUACUUCAAAGGAACGGGUGACAUCAAUGCCCCACCCGGGUCCCGAGAAGCCCAGCUGGCAAAAAAAAGUGCAGGUAGCCUAUCUAGUCAACCUGUCGAGACCACUAACCCUUCUGGAUCAUCAGCCAAUGGGGGGAAGAAUAACGGCCUCCAGAAACAAGACAAGGAUAAAAAGCUUGACGAAACAUCAGUCUGUGUCCCGGACGUUCAAGGAGCAUCAGCGAGCCAGAGAACAUAUCCUGAUGGAAAGAGGACGGAAAAGUCGCAAUCGAGUAAUAAGUCUGAUAUUAAAUUAGAAGAGUCGGGUGACGUGGACAAGAUGAGGCAGUCAAGUGAAACUGUUGACCAGGAGAACGGAACUGUAGCUGACGGCGAUGACUCGGCUAAACCGGAAUCACCACAUAAUAAAAAUGACCAGCUCUCAGAAACCAUAAAACUUAAACAAGCUGAAGAGUGCUGCAGUACAAAGGAGAAUGGAGAUGGACACGGAGUAGACACGGACAGUAUCUGUGAUCUGGAUGACGAAGAGAGUUUUGGUGAUAACGGAUGUUCUGACAAGAAGGAAACCGAGACGGAGUCUCAAAACAGCGAGCAGUCAGGGGUCACCAUGGGAGAGGAGUCUUUAGACCACAGCAUGGUGGAUGAAGAAGAGGAGGAUGAGGAAGACACGGACAAGGAUGAUCAUUUGAUUUACCUUCAAGAGAUCUUGAUGCGUAUUCAUAAUGAGUAUUACUCGCGCUACGAGGCUUACCUGCGGGGCGACUGCUCGGAGAUGCCAGACAUCCGUAAAAUUGUCCCUGAGCUGAAGAGCAGUUCCCUGGCUGGCACCAACAUCGUGUUCAGUGGAUUGUACCCAACAAACUACCCCAUGGAGCGAACACGAGAGAGCUACCAUGCAAAAGCACUGGGGGCCAAGAUUGGCAAGAGACUUGUGCUCAAUCCCAAAGAUCCCAACUGCACCACCCACUUGAUUGCCGCGCGUGCAGGUACGGAGAAGGUCCGGCAGGCCCAGGCCUGUAAGCAUCUGCACAUAGUGAAUCCGGAUUGGCUUUGGGGAUGCUUGGAGCGGUGGGACAGAGUGGAAGAGCAGCUGUUCCCACUUAAGGAUGACUACACAAAAUCACAGAGAAGUAAUAGCCCAUCAUCAAUUCCUGAUGUUCCAGAGUCCUUCCCAGCACCUGUUAUUCACCCUGUUUCCAUCCAGCCCAAAGGCCUUCUGGCUCCUGAGGUGCACACAUAUGAUUCUGUAACUGGGAAGUUGAUCCGAAGAGGCCCUCAAGCGCCACGUCUCACCCAAAAAUCAUCUGUGGCGCUGCCUGGACAUGAAGUGCACUUUAGGGAUUUAAGAUUUCUGCAACAGGAAGAUGCUGAAAGCUCAAGAGCAGAUGAUGAGCAGCCUGCAGCAUCACGCAGGAAACGCCAGCCAAGCCUGUCUGAAACCAUGCCUCUUUACACGCUCUGUAAGGAGGACCUCGAUAGUAUGGACAGAGAGGUGGAUGAUAUUCUUGGAGAAGAAAGUGAUAAUGAUAGUGAGGGAAAAGAGAAGGAAGAGAAAAUGGAGGGAGAAGACGAAGAUGAGGAGAGCAGCAGGCAAAGUGCUGAAACGACAGAUUACCAACGGUCCCUGGACACAUCUGUCAAAACCACAUCAUCAGCAUCCAAAGAACAUGGCAGUCGGACUGCGAGUGCGCCAAGAAGCCACAAGAGAAAACUGCAGGACACCAGAGAUGAUGAUGAUGACGACAAAGACGGAGAUGUGACCAGCCAGUCCAGUAAGGAGUCGAACGAGGAUGGCAGUAGCUCCGAAGCAGAUGAGAUGGCUGCUGCCCUGGAGGCAGAGUUAAACGACUUCAUGUGACCAGUGAGACAAAUGACAAUGAACUGACCUUUUCGUUUCCAACAGUUACGCUUCUACGGCCCGAAUCGUGCAUGUCACUUCUACUAUAUCAAUAAACUCGCGUGCGUUAACGUACGCGUGUGUUUUAUUGUACGUGGAACAAAAGGUGGAUAAAUAUUUACAAAGUGAAUUAUUAAGGCGUGAUCGACCAACCUGUUAAACAUUUUAUCGCAUCAUCUUGGACAGUGGAUGGUUAGAUAUUUUUUCUUCACUUUGAAGGUUUUUACAAAUUAAUAAAUAAAUAAAGAAAAAGAAUUUGUGAUAACUGCCAAAGACUAUGACAGGCAGCUAUAUUUUUUCAUAGGUUUCUGUUUUGUUUUUUUUUUUCUUCCUCUCCCCCACUUUUUGUCUAUGCAUAAAAAAAAUAUUUUGGCACAUUAGUGUUUUCCAAGGAGACAUAUUGGACUGAAUACUUUGCCAAACUGGGUGUUCAUUUAUCAUUUCUAUGUUCUUCUGUGGCAUCACUGUAUACAUUUAACUUAAAAUUAGCUUCCUUUACAAUAUUUUGGGUUUCUUGUGCUUUUAUUUUUAUGUUCAUUUAAAAGUUGAUGUAUGAUAUUAUGAUUGUAUAUUCUGUUUCAUACUGUUUCCUUACUAACUACCUUUCCUUACUAAACAAAAUGUAAAAAAAAAAAAAAAAGGUUUUAGAGAUUGUUCAUGAUUUGAAAACCUGCUGGUAGUUUCUUCAGCUAAAUUCUUGGGGGGGUAGAAUCAGGGCUUUGACCACAAUAGAAUGUUUCUGAAAUUAUGAAAGAAAAUACAAAAAUUAUUUUUUUUUGAAAGAUUGCUUGGCUUUGUGCCUGCAAAGAUGAUUUGUAAGGAGUUGAACACAGUGCUGAAUUCACUGUUUACCCAAAGAUGUCUAAAAUCAUUCUGUGCAGACGUUUUAAGAAGUUUUAAGAUGUUUAAAUGACCUAAUAAAAAGGCAUUUGAAAAUA